UAAUUCCCGCAACUACUAGGACUACCAUCUAUAUGCUUUAUCAAAAGAGAGGAGAGAGAAAGUAGAGAGAAGAGAAGAGUUAUGGUAAUGUUGAUUAGGUCCGACAUUCGUUCGGCGCUUUACGUUGCGCCGUCCACUUUCCGUCACCCCCACCUCUCACUCCCACGCGGAUUCGCCGCCGUCUUCCUGCCUCCGUCGCCGCCGAGGCUGACGGAGAAGUUCAGAGCUUUCUCCGAAAGUGGAUUUAAAGGUGUCGUCGAGAAGGUACCGAACAAGCCUUCGAUAUGUACGGCCGACGAGCUUCAUUACGUCUCCGUCUCCAGCUCCAGCUCCGAUUGGAGGCUUGCCCUCUGGCGAUACACUCCUAGCCCUCAGGCUCCUCCGAGAAAUCAUCCCCUGUUGCUUUUGUCGGGUGUGGGAACUAAUGCCAUUGGAUAUGAUCUCUCUCCCGAGUCUUCAUUCGCCCGCUACAUGUGUAGCCAAGGAUUUGACACUUGGAUUCUUGAAGUCCGAGGUGCUGGAUUGAGCAUGCAAGGAAAUGGUUCCAAAGAUAUUGAGCAGUCUGCCCGUGCAAUAUCUGGGCAGAUGGAAGCUGCUGCUGAAACUGCUACUUAUGGAGCUUUUACUGAACAACAACAGCCAAACAAUGGCGCCACUGCCUCAGCGGUAUCUCAAGUUGUCAAAGGGGAUCCGACAAGGAUCCCAACACUAUGGGAUGAAUCGAAACUGGUGAUAAAAUUGACAGAAACUUUUAUGCGUCUGGCAGAAAGACUCUCUGGCUUUCUCAGUGAAGGUCAAUUAAGGAUUAUAUCUGCUAAAUUAUUUGAUCAAAUUUCGAGACUGUUAGAGGAUUCUGUUUUAUAUGAUCGUUUUAAUGAGAUAAGGGGAAAGCUUUCUAGAUUGUUGGAAGCAAGGCAAAACUCUGCUGCUGCUAGCCAAAUCAGAGAUUUGAGUCAAAAGCUUGUAAAUAUUAUUGAAGAAGGUCAACGUUCUGUUUCACCUCAGUUGUCUGAUCUGCAAGAGCGUUUUUCAACAACAAUAGAAGAUUUCCAGAAACAGCUGGACUUCAUUGUCAAGUAUGAUUGGGACUUUGAUCAUUACUUAGAAGAGGACAUUCCUGCUGUGAGUGAAUAUAUAAUAUCCCAAAGCAAACCAAAGGAUGGCAAAUUGCUUGCAAUUGGACAUUCCAUGGGAGGCAUCUUGCUGUAUGCAAUGCUGUCAAGAUGUGCUUAUGAAGGAAGAGACCAUAGAUUGGCAGCUGUUGUUACUUUGGCAUCAUCACUUGACUACACAUCUUCAGAUUCAUCACUCAAACUGCUCCUUCCCCUUGCUGAUCCUGCUCAGGCUCUGAAUGUGCCUGUUGUUCCUUUAGGGGCAUUGUUGGCAGCAUCUUAUCCUCUUUCAACAAGUCCUCCUUAUGUCUUGUCCUGGCUUAAUAAUCUGAUAUCAGCUGAGAACAUGAUGCAACCAGAGUUGUUGAAGAAGCUUGUCCUUAACAACUUCUGUACUAUACCCGCUAAACUUCUCUUGCAACUGACAACUGCUUUCCGAGAGGGCGGACUUCGUGAUAGAAGUGGUAAAUUUUUGUACAAGGAUCAUAUGCAUAAAGGCAAAGUCCCUGUCUUAGCAAUUGCAGGAGACAGGGACCUAAUUUGCCCACCUGAAGCCGUAUAUGAAACUGCAAAGCUCAUUCCUGAGCACUUGGUCACCUAUAAAGUAUUUGGAGAACCUGAUGGUCCACAUUAUGCUCAUUAUGAUUUGGUAGGAGGACGUUUGGCUGCGGACCAAGUAUAUCCAUGUAUAAUCCAAUUUCUAAGUAGUCAUGACCUGCCAUGACGUGGGGGCAUCAGAAUUUUGUUACUUGCUAUUCAUUAGGGCAGCAUACUUCAUUGUGCAGUGGGCAUCAGGAAGGCUGUUGAAUGGAGACGCUCUGUCGAAUCAAAGAACCCCAAAUGCCGAACUAGAAGUAAUGCGUCCAAGGGAUUAUUUUGGUUAUAUGCAACUAAGCUUUGUUUCCGUGUUCAAUUAAUUCUCUUUCCCCCCUAUACAUAGGGAGCAUAUUUUUUGUUGUCUCUCUCGGAUAGCCACAACAGAAUCUCAAUUACUUUGGAACACACCAGUGCCGGGGGCUUAGAAAAGGACUUUGAGUUUGUUCUGGUACAGCUUGGAGAGCUUAUAAUUUGAAUGGGAAGAAAGCAGGAGCUUCCAUCAUUCACUGGUAGGAGCUUCAAAAAGGGCUCUGUUUGUUGUAUCAUUUCAAUUCAUGCCCUUCGAGCAUUCUACUCCUAAACUUUGAUAAAAGGAUUGUCCUGCGCCCUUGCCAAAACAAGGUGCAGCGACUUAAUUUGUUCAGAGUGAUAUAGCGUGUUAGGGUUUUCAUAUACAUUAACCCUUUACUUUUUAUGGUGUACUGUUUUGUUGUUGUAAGACACAUUAAUUUGUUCUCAAUGAUAUACUGAAGAUUAAUUUGUUCUUAA